UUUUUUUGUUUUGGGUGUAUUUUUAUAUAGGCGCGCAUAAAUUCUUUGUAUAUGUUUAGGAGAGGAGAAUCUAUUCACAAAAAUGGGGGAUAACGCUGGAAACACUGAAAAAGCCCGACGAAAGUUCGUGGCAAUAGUUUAUCUGAUGACCCUUGUCGCACUCCUGCUGGGUCUGGCUCAAUGGCUGGCUGUUGCAUUUUUAGCGGGCUUUGGCGAUGUAUUUAGGGAUUAUGAAUUUAUCAGUGGAAUAUUCUUUACGCUUUCGGUAAUACUAGCCAUCAUCUUUGUAUUUGUGGAGAAAGUUCGUACCAUAAUCGCUCUGAAUUGGAUCAUGACCAUUUUAAUUAUGGAAUUCGCAAUUGUGGGAGUAUUUGCGCUGUGCGCCCGAUCGGGUUGGCCGGAACUACUCUUAUGGUAUUUGAUAUGUCUCCUUAUCUUCUUCCUUGCCAUACUAGUGGGUUCGAUUCUGCCGCAUGAUCUGACCCUUGAUGUCGUCAUAUUAUUUGUCAUAUCAUUUAUCUUCUUAAUUGUGUCCAUAUUUCUGAUCAUGUUGCAUAUAAUGACCCGUUCAUCGCAUUCGAUCAUCCUGUACCAGAUAUUCGUCAGCGUUAUAAUUCUGACGUUUGUCAUGUAUCACGCUCAGACCAUUAACGGCGGACGAUUUGCGGAGUUGAGGGUGAACGAUUAUCUACUUGCUUCCAUAAUACUCUUCUACGAUUUUAUUGUCUUGUUCUUGCUAACAUUCUAUGUGCAAGUUCGAUUUCCGCUUGUCAGGAAGGAAGAACAAACAACAGCAGCGCCAACCUUGCCUUAG